AUGAAUCCAACUAUUGUAAUUGAUUGUGGAUCUAGUUUAACUAAGUCAGGAAUUGCAGGAGAAUCAUUCCCAAAAUAUGUUUUUCCUACUCUAAUAGGAAAACAUGUUGAUGAACCAAUGAAAACAUAUGUAGGAGAAGAUGUUAAUGUAAAUGAUGAUCAAAUGGCGGUGAUAGUUCCUAUUAAGAAUGGAAGAGUAUCGGAUUUAUUUGGGGUCGAACAGUUAUUUGGAGAUAUUUUCUUUAAUAAAUUAAAGGUAUCCCCAUCAGAAUGUUCAUUAUUAAUAACUGAACCAUCCAUUAUUAAUAAAUCGCAUAGAGAAAAGAUGAUAUCAAUUGCUUUCGAUGUAUUCCAGGUAUCAUCUAUUCACAUUGGUAAACAAACAUCACUGUCUUUGUACCCAACAGGUCUUUCCAAUGGUUUGGUAGUUGACUGUGGGCAUGAUAUUUCACAAGUAGUUCCAAUCUUUAAUGGAAACCCAAUAGACUACUCCAUUUUAAAUUCAAACUUUGGUGGAGGAAUUCUAAAUGAAAGAUUAGAUAAACUCUUAUCUUUUAAAGGACUAAAGUUAUCAACCAAAAGCAUUUGUGAUCUUAAAGAGAAUUUGGAGAGUUCACAUAAAUACACUUUACCAGAUGGCAAGACUAUUUCAUUGGGUGGUAAUGAAUUGACAAACGGCCUAGAUGAUUUACUUCAACCUUCUUUUAUGGGAAUUGAAACGGCAACCGUUGAAAGUCUAAUAGAAGAAUCAAUUAGUUCUUGUGGAGAGGAAUUACAGAAUGAACUCUUUGGAAAUAUUGUUCUUUCAGGUGGUACUACAAUGAUGAAUGGAUUCAAAGAUCAUUUAGAAAACAAAUUGCAAUCCACAGUCACUGGAAAAACAAAAAUAAGAAUUUUUGAACAUCCAGCUAGAGGAUAUCUAAGUUGGUUAGGUGGAUCAAUGUUAUCUUCCUCCUCAGGUUUUGUAAAAAACCACUUUGUUUCCAAGAGUCAAUAUGAUGAAUAUGGAUUAUCAAUUUUUAACUAA